AUGUUUGAACAAUUUAAAACUAAUUUGUAUGAUACAAUCAACCGUCAAUUUGAUGAAAGACAACAAGGAUUUAUCAAUUCUAUCAUCAACACAAUUACAAAUAACAUAAGAAAUUUUAGGAUUAAUCGAAGAAGAGAAAUACAAUUUAGAUCUAGAUAUCGUACCAGAAUUAACAGUCCACGAAUCAGAGAAAUAACAAACACACCCGGCUCACAAAUACAAGAAUUACUAAAUAAUCAAUUAAUAUUCACAGAAUUUCCAGAAUUAACAGACAUUCAACCUAAUGAAGAAUCUUAUAGAACACUGGGUCCCUCAAAUCAAGCAACAGAACAAAACCAGCAAGAUAUGCAAGGACUUAUUAGACAUAUGUCAUCUACUGGUCAAGAAAUAGGAAAAGCUAGAAUAGAACCACAAAGUUCAAGUAGUAUUACCUUCAUGGUCAAUAAUGUGGCAUUUCAAAAACAAAAACAUGAUGAAUUGGAUUCUGAUAAUUCAGAUGAAACAAUCAGAUAUCAAAAAGGAUUAUCAUGCACAUCUUCAAAAUAUUCAAUAAUUGAAGAUAUUAAAUAUAAACAUAACUCUAACCCACAAAGAGAAUUGAAUAAUCAACAAGAACAAGAAAUACAAGUUAGAGUUUUAACACCAGUAACAUCUGAAUUGAUUAAAGAAAACCAAAUAAGUAUUACAUAUGAAAAUGAAAAUACCGAACAAGGAAUAUUAAGCAAUACAAGAAAUAGAUUUAUUAAUUUAUUUGCUUGA